AUGGCUUCUCGUUAUAUGGAUCUUGAACGUCGAACAUUAAUAGUUCAAUUCAUCGCCGUUGAACCAUUAGCAUUCUACGCAACAUCGGACGGAACAGAUUUAGUUCAAGAUAUUCUUCGAUCGAAAUUAGCAAGGCCUGAUAAGGAUAUUAUCGGACAAGAAGGGUCAUUAUCAGUUAGUGAUACUGGUGAAUUUCUCGCAUUCGAACCAACAGACACGAAAAAUCGAACUCUACAUUUACCUGUCGAACAUUUAGCUUAUUGUGGAGCUUUGAGACGUAUGCGUCGUGAUCCGUCGGAUGAUCGUAAUCCCGAUCAAAUUAUUCAACGUGAUUUCGAAAAUGUUGAUUUAGCUAAUCGUUAUGCUCACCGUAUUAUUGGUCCACCGAUAUUUGUCGCUGUUUUUCAUGGCUUCGACAACGCAUUAUGCUAUACAUUUAUUACACAAAGUACGGACGAUGCCUGUCUACUAGUAUUGAAACUUAUGCGCGCAUUUAAUCAUUGUGAACAACAACACAUGGAAAAGCAAGGACAAGUAGAUGACAACCUUGCAAAAGUGUCUAUUUGUAAUAGUGGAUUACCUUCAUCUACAGUUAUUACACAAAGUGCGGCUUUACCUCAACGCCAACAAACAAUAGUCGUUAAGGAUAAUCGAGCGAUAUCGUCUCCAACGUGUGUUCAAUUGCCAAAUGCGGGAACAACUGUAUGCGUGCAGAAGUCAUGUGAAGAUGAUCUAGUUCAAAGACUUUUAUCACAUCCAAAUUUACAAGUUGUAAAUCGACCGUAUACACCACCACGAAUUAUUACUCGUCAUAUUAAUACUUUACCACCGCCGCCUAAGAUAUACUAUUCUGAUCCACCAGCAACUACCAUUGUACAUACAGCUGAUAAUGGUUGUUGUCCUUGUUCAUCUUAUGGCUCAUUUCUGCCACGAGAUUCUGUAGUAUGUAAUACAUCAUGUUGUACCCAAUGCUCUUUACAAUUUCCUUCACAAACAGUUUGUGUCAUAGAUGAUCCGUUAUCAUCACCAUUUUGUUAUUCUGUCUGA